AUGGGAAACCUCCUCUCUUGGUGCCUUUGCUGCUUCUCCCAGGAAUACGCUGAACAGCAGCGUCUGAGCAAGCAAAUUGACAGGCAACUUCAGCGCGACAAACGAAAUCAACGCAAGGAAGUCAAACUGCUUCUACUUGGUGAGUCGGCCGGUAGUUCCUUAAUUGAUGCAUCGGUAAAAUGCUUUCCUACUGCUGACAAUGCAACCUCCAGAUCCUACAUGUAG